UAAAGUUUCAUUACCAUAGGAAUUAUAUGGAACUUUUUAUGAAAUUUUACACUAUAAAUCAUUUCCAUUACUAUCAUUUGAUACCGGUCACCCAAUGGAUCAUAGGUGCUUUACUUGUGACUUAACCAAACACUUAGUUAAUUGAAGGUGCUUUAGUUGUGACUUAACCAAACACUUGGUUGGCUACUUGCAAUCAAGAUCAUGACCAACUCUAGAUUUCAGAAUAAUUCAGUAGAACAAAAACUUUUGGUGAAUAAUUUUUCAGUCCCUAAAAUAAAAUAGCUACUCUAGACCACCUUUUAUAUGACGGUCCGACACAUCUUUUUCGGUGUCCUCCAAAGCUUGCAGACUUGCAGUUAUAUAACUCGAUUCACAUCACUUUUAAUCACAAUACGACAUCUAGUACAAGUCAAAACGACACAUCGCUUUCCUCUCAAGUCUCACCCAAGAAAUUGGGGAACCCAAAAUAAUUCUCAAAUAAAAGAAAAAAUAAAAAAGGUCACAAGUUCUUACUCUCAGCCCUCAGGUCUCAUCCUUCCUUCUCUAUGAUCUUCUUCUUUCUGUGAAUUUUGAAAACUUAAAGAAUCUUACUCUCUAAUCUCCAUUCCUAUUCAUACAACAUCUCUCUCUUUUUGGGGUUUCAAUCUCCUUUUUUUUUUUUUUUUCAAUUUUCGUUAAUGGCGGACGAUUCAAUCACACCGUCAUCACCUUCACCAUCAAUGGCGGAAGUUACAAAAGCUUCGUUGGGGCACUCUGUGAUCCCAAUAGUAAACAAGCUACAAGAUAUAGCAGCACAGCUAGGUAAUAGUCCUGCCUUUGACUUACCGCAAGUCGCCGUCGUUGGUAGCCAGAGUAGUGGUAAAUCGAGCGUUCUUGAAGCGCUUGUUGGCCGUGAUUUCUUGCCGCGAGGGUGUGAUAUUUGUACUCGACGUCCGCUUGUGCUUCAGCUUUUGCAGACAAAGAAGAGUGAUGAAGAAUGGGGAGAGUUUUUGCAUCUUCCUGGAAAAAGGUUUUUUGAUUUCAGUGAAAUUCGAAGAGAAAUUCAGGCUGAAACUGAGAGAGAGGCUGGAGAAAACAAAGGUGUUUCCGACAAGCAAAUCCGUCUUAAAAUCUUUUCACCUAAUGUUCUUGAUAUUACCUUAGUAGAUCUCCCUGGGUUAACCAAAGUUCCAGUUGGUGAUCAGCCAUCUGACAUUGAAGCGCGAAUAAGAACCAUGAUAAUGUCCUACAUCAAAAUCCCAAGCUGCUUAAUAUUAGCAGUUACCCCUGCUAAUUCUGAUUUAGCAAAUUCAGAUGCUUUGCAGAUGGCUGGAAUCGCGGAUCCUGAUGGUUAUCGAACGAUUGGUGUCAUCACAAAGCUAGACAUUAUGGACAGAGGGACAGACGCACGCAAUUUUUUGCUUGGGAAAGUUAUACCACUACGGCUUGGUUAUGUGGGUGUUGUGAAUCGUAGUCAAGAGGACAUUGUGAACAACAGGAGCAUAAAAGACGCACUUGUGGCUGAGGAGAAAUUCUUCCGCAGUCGUCCUGUGUACAGUGAUGUUGCAGAUCGAUGCGGUGUUCCACAGUUGGCGAAAAAAUUAAAUCAGAUUCUAGUUCAACACAUCAAGUCCCUUCUCCCCGGUCUAAAAGCGCAAAUCAGUGCUCAACUUGUUUCUGUUGCUAAAGAGCACGCAAGUUAUGGAGAAAUUGUGGAAUCUAAGGCUGGUAUGGGUAGCCUCAUCUUAAAUAUUUUAUCUAAAUACUCAGAAGUUUUUGCUUCUAUGAUCGAGGGGAAGAACGAAGAGAUGUCAACUUCCGAGCUAUCUGGUGGUGCAAGAAUUCAUUACAUAUUCCAGUCAAUUUUUGUUAAGAGUUUAGAGGAGGUGGAUCCAUGUGAGGAUUUAAGUGAUGAUGACAUCCGAACAGCUAUUCAGAAUGCAACUGGUCCUAAGUCUGCAUUAUUUGUUCCAGAAGUACCAUUUGAAGUUCUUGUCAGAAGGCAAAUUUAUCGUUUAUUGGAACCAAGUCUCCAAUGUGCAAAGUUUAUAUAUGAUGAGCUUAUAAAGAUGAGCCGGCGUUGUCUAGUCAAUGACAUGCAACGCUUUCCUAUACUCAGAAAACGAAUGGAUGAUGUUAUCCAUAACUUCCUGAGAGAAGGCCUUCAACCCACCGAGGCAAUGAUCAAUCAUAUCAUAGACAUGGAGUUGGACUACAUAAAUACUUCUCACCCUAAUUUCAUUGGUGGAGCUAAAGCUGUAGAGGUUGCUUGUCAACAUAUCAAGUCUUCAAGAUCUUCUGUAUAUAUCCCAAAGCUAAAGGAUGUUGGGGAUUCAGAUAAAGCACCUGCAUCUGAAAGGAUACUUAAAACACGAGGUAUUCUUCCUAGAAGUGCAAAUGGAGCCAUUGCAGAACAGAGCUUUCGAUCUGCAGUAGAUGGUGAUAAACCUGUUCAGUCUGGAGGUGUGACUAACCCUAGUUGGGGGAUUUCAUCUAUAUUUGGGGCUGCUGACAACCACAACACUUCUAAGGAAAUCUCCAUUAAUAAGUCUUUCAGUGAGCCUAUACAGAAUUUGGAGCAUUCGUUUUCAACUAUAUAUUUAAAGGAGCCACCAACAAUACUGAGGCCAGCAGAGACUCAAACAGAGAAUGAGGCAAUUGAAAAUGCUGUCACCAAAUUGUUGUUGAAGUCAUAUUAUGAUAUCGUCAGGAAGAAUGUUGAAGACUCUGUGCCUAAGGCUAUCAUGCAUUUCCUGGUAAACCAUACUAAGCGAGAGCUGCACAACAUAUUUAUCAAAAAGCUGUAUAGAGAGAAUCUAUUUGAAGAGAUGUUGCAGGAACCUGAUGGUUUGGCAAUAAAAAGGAAGCAAACUCGAGAUAAAUUGCGUAUUCUCAACCAGGCUUUCCGGGUGCUUGAUGAAUUGCCACUUGAAGUUGAUACAGUUGAGAAGGGUUACAGUUUGGGAACUGAUGCUACUGGUUUGCCAAAGAUAAAUGGUCUUCCAUCAUCAAUGUACUCAUCAAGCAGUUAUUCAAGUGAAUCCCUUUCGGCCUCUCCUAAAACCCACAAGUCCAGGAAAUCUUCUCACUCGGGUGAAUUACAAUCGCCAUUGUACCCCAACGGUGAUUCGAUUGGCAGUGGCCGUGGUUCUUUGACUGGUCUCUAUCCAACUAUCCAUAUGUAAAUCAUAUGGCCAGUAGCUGUUGUGCAAUCAUCAAGUUUAUUCAUUUCGAUUGGUUUGUCCCAUAUUUUUUGAAUCUUUGGGGAUAUAAAAUCUUCUCACCCCUUUUCAGUCACCGUUAUUUUGAGUUGCAGAAGGUUGUCAUGAUUAAACUUGCAAAUUUUUGUAGCAAAUUUGAUGAUAUAUUUUCUAAAUGAGCCAAGAUAUAAGUCAAAUUGGUUUUUGGUGCAUGUAUAUUACUACUAGAAAGGAUGUGUUACCUCUAUUCAGUUUUGCCAUACAUAAUAACAAGGCUUCCCAUUUGAAA